UCCCAGGUCCUUGGGGCAGAAGUAAUUUGUUUAGCUUUACAUCCGUGUUUGUUGGUGGGACAUGCUCAGACUCAUUGUGUAUAUCCUAAUUUUAAGGAAGCAUUAUUUAAUUUUUUUCACUCUCUUCUUCAGGCUGAAUUGGUUGAACCUGCUCUCAAAGGGACACUCAAUGUUCUCGAAUCAUGUGCGAAAGCACCAUCUGUUAAAAGAGUUGUUUUGACAUCUUCCAUAGCUGCAGUUGCUUACAAUGGCGAGCCUUUAACACCUGAAGUUGUAGUUGAUGAAACAAGGUGGACUAAUCCGGAGUUCUGCAAAGAAAUGAAGCUAUGGUAUCCCCUAUCAAAGACAUUGGCCGAGGAUGCUGCCUGGAAAUUCGUGAAAGAGAAAGGUCUCGACCUGGUCACCAUAAACCCAGCUAUGGUUGUUGGUCCACUGUUACAGCCAACGCUUAACACAAGUGCUGCUGCAGUUUUGAGCUUGAUAAAGAAUGCAGAACCUUACCCAAAUGCUUCAUUUGGAUGGGUUAAUGUCAAAGAUGUUGCUACUGCUCAUAUUUUGGCAUUUGCGAAUCCUUCAGCUAAUGGAAGAUAUUUAAUGGUCGAGAGAGUUGCACAUUAUUCAGAAAUUGUGAAAAUACUGCGUGAACUUUACCCUACUCUUCCUCUUCCAGAAAAGUAAGUUUUUCAUGAAUCAAUGUCCAAUACUA